UUGAUUUACCUUAAUCUAGCUGGCUGCUCGUCUGUUGAAAUUUUACCAGAUCUUCCAAGGACUCUAGAAACUUUAAAUUUGUCUGGGACGUCAAUAGAUCAACUGCCCACACCAAUUGAAUCUUUUCCUGGUCUCAGAAUCAUUCUUUUAAAGAAAUGCAAAAGGCUUCAAAGUCUGCCAACCAGCAUUUACAAGUUAAAGGAUCUUGAAACUAUUGAUCUAAGGGGUUGCUCUAAAUUUGACAACUUCCCCACCAUUGAAGAGCCUAUGGAGGGAUUAGUUCACCUUAAUUUAUCUGGAACAGCUAUCAAAGAGCUUCCUUCUUGAUCCGUUAAAAAUCUACCUAAUCUCGAGCUGUUGCAGUUGGCAAGGUGUGAAAAUCUCCAGUUUCUGCCGUUGUCUGAGCUUCCAUUAGGUCUGAGGGUUCUAAAUGCACAAGAUUGCACAUCAUUAGAGAGACUAUUGUGGAUAAGCAUUGGGAACAGUAUCAUAUGAUCUCAUUUUUUAAUUGCCUAAAGUUGGACCACAACACAUGCAACAUCAUAUUUGCUUAUGGGCAGCUCUGGAUUCUUCAAUUGGCAAGCCUAAAAUUAAUUGAAGAAUACGAGGUAAGUAUCUUUCUCCUAGUGAUAAAUUAAUUGGUUAUUCAUUUUGACAAUCCUUAAACUAGUCUAUUACUCCCAAAGUUGUCCCAGGCCUGCAUUUGGCCACGUCUCUUCUAUAGUUGCUGGAAUUGUGAACUUAUUUUUCAAUCACCCCAUCCUAAAUUAAUGAGUAAAUUUUAAUGGAUCCAACAAUCAUGAUCUCAGUUCUAUGAUAGCUGUGUUUGUGUUUGCUAUCCGGACUAUGAAAUUCCAGAGUGGUUCAGCUAUAUUGCAGAUUGUUCUGAGGUUGUCCCACUUCCUUCGAAUUGGCACAAUUCCAAUUUCUUGGGUUAUGCUCUAUGCUUUGUUGCUGAAUUUGACUAGUACGUUUAUUCUUCUAGUCCUGUAGCAGAUUUAACAUUUUAAAUUGAGUUUCAAGUGACGACCAAGUCAGGUGAAUGUCACAAAUACAGUAUUUUGAAGAAUAUAUAUCUUGAUUGUGCUCAGGAGGAACACUUUGGUCCUUGUCACACGUGUUUUAAGCAUAAUUUAGAUCAUGUAUUCAUGUUGUAUGAGCCCCAAAUCUUUAAUGCUUGUAAAGACAUAGAAGAAGCUGAUAACAUUACUGGAGUCUCAUUUUCAAUCUGUGCAAUAAACAGAAAUGAUAGAACACCUAUCCACUCAUGCAGAGUGAAAACAUGUGGUUUCCACCUGUUGUAUCUCGAAGAAGCUCUGGAAUUUGGUCUCCUGAUUAAUGAUGGUGAUGAUAAUGAUUUAUCUGACUUCCCCGAAGAAGAAGAAGAGGAUCAUGUUGAAUAUAAAUUGUCUCUGCUGAUGCAAACGAAGACGACCAAGAACCAACUAGAAGUGAAAUACAACCCAACUCUGCUGCAAAAGAUCUUGAAGAAGAUGUCAAACCAAGCCAAAGUGAGACUAUGGACUAUACUGAAACUAACAAUGAGGGAUCUGGGUUUACAUUUGAUUGCAUCUCUUUUAUGCAUUUACAUUUUGUUUAAGAACAACCAUUGGAAUAUUGGUUUUUGUAGGAUUGGUAAUCCAAAGAAAAUCAAAUCUGUUAUAAUAACUUAACAGCUUUUGUCAAUUUCUGUUAAGUUAGUUACUAAUCAGUUUUUGUAGUUGUUCACCUUGGGAUUGUCUUUUCAGUUAGUUAGCUCAUAUUGUAACUCUAUUUAUGGCUCUAACCUAUUCAUUAUAAAGGUUAGAACAAAGAUAGAGAUUAGGCAGUUUUUUGGAAGAGUGAAACAGAGAGAGAAAGAGAGAAAUUGUAACAGCCAUUGUAUGGCUUUGUGAGCUCGAGUGUGAGAGUUCUAGGGGAUUUCUUUCUGUGUUGUUUCAAGAGGUGUACACUACUACUAUUGGAGAUUGUAAUCAGCUUGAUUAUAGUGGAGAAAACUCCUUGGGGGAGAGCUGGAGUAGGCCUUGAAUUGAGGACCGAACCAGGAUAAAUUUCUUUGUUCUCUUGUUUUUACUUUUCUGUUGUUGCAUUAGAUUUGAUUUCAGCUUGUGUUUUUCUUUGAUUUGUGUUUGAUCAACCUUUAAAUUGUUGAGUCUUGUGUAGUAGGAUUACUACAGUUUUACCUCAGGUGAAAUUCUUUGUUUGGAUAAUUUCUAAGUUCUGGCUGCACUGCUAACUGCUAAAGUUUGUCUCAAUAGAAAUGGAUGGAAAGGUGAGCUGUUUGAAGAAUGAGUCAAUUUCUCAUGUUUUGUUUGCUUGUAAACAGUUUUGGAGGUGUUAUCUGGGUUUGCAUUGGUCAGGGGAGAGGGAUGUCCUUUGUUUUUUGUUUUGUUUUGUUUUUUUGUGAGUGUGGAGAGCAAUUGUUGUUCCAUUGAUUUCAAUUUAAGCUUGUAAAGUGUGGUGUUGACUUUACUAAAUUGGCUCAUAAAGAACUUGAUAUUCUGGCUACUAUCAAGAUGUAAAACUUUAAACUUUGUUUGUGAAGCAGAUUCUUUCACUGGAGAUCUAAAAAAAACAAGCAGGAAGAGGACCAAAACAAGAGCAAUAAUUUUGUAGUAGGAUAUUAUUCCUGACAUUUUAUAAUUCCCUUACUUUACUCAUGUAGAAGCAGUAGAAAUGGUAAUGGAACUGACUUAUUUGUUUUUGGUUUUUAUUUUAUGGAUAUUGAGGUGGAUGUCACUGCUACUCAGCAUAUGCUCCCUUCCCAGUUGAAUAUAUUAGGAAAAAAGUAUUUUUGUCCAUUGGUUUAAAUAAAAUACUGAUGUCAAAGUUAAAUUUACCAUCAUAUGCCAACUUCAAUAUCCUCUCUAGAUCUUUUAACAUGGCUUUUUUUCUUUUUUCCAAGGAGAUUUUCUUACAAAAUUUAUUCUCACAAAUUAUUCCAGA